ACGCUAUACAAGCAAGAGAUGAGGUUAUCGCAAGGAAUAAGGAGAAUCAACAUCAACAUCAAAUGAUCGCCAGACGAUUACCAUCCGUGUUCCGUUUUUAUAUCAGGCUCCUACAUAAUAAGGCGCUUCUUAAUCAUCCACGUCACAAAAUGAAGUUACCAUUUCAUCAUAAACAUCGAAGACGCAAUAAUGGUUGGCCGAAUGAGAUUGGUAAAGUUAAAAUGGACUCGAAGCUAAUAUACGAGAGGAAACUAGGAUAUUGGACAUAUGUAUAG